AUGAAGUCACAAGGUGCGCGCAGCAGACAGCCAACAGAACGAGAGGUAGCCGCAACACCAAAUCGUUCUUCGUUUAGCAGUGGCCGAUUGACCCGAGGUGGAGCUGCACGGCAGACCACUUCAGCUUUGGUACCAGUUAGAGAGAAGCAGGCUAGAUGUCAAGCAUGCGGUCGGCAGCAUAGUACUUCAACGUGCAAAUUUAGAUUGUACACAUGCCGUGUGUGCAAUAAAGAGGGGCACCUUAUGAAGGUGUGUCCAAAAUACCGGUCAGGCCAGGUGUGUGCCCAGCCGGUGAAACGACUUGAAGAAACCUCGAGUGGAGAGGACACCGAUGAAGAAAUUAGGGAGGAAGACUCCUACAACAAGGCACUUUUCACUCCAUCGGGUGGCAGUGAUGUAGCGGCUCAGGGCUCCGAGGCGCAGUCCUGGAAGCCGGGACCAGCGCCCAUCCCAGACUGGAGAGCCCCCGAACCGUGGAAGUUGCCGCAAGGCGCCAGCAAGGAGCAACACGCCUCCAUAUUGCACCACAAGCAAGCCUUGACGUCAGAGGGUAGUUUCCGCUUCGAGUACGCGUCCGACAACGGGCUGGCGGCGGGCGAGGUGAUAGAGCCGGACGGCUCCAGGGUCGGCGCGUACCAGUACAAGGACCCCAGCGGGCAGCUGGUCAAGCUGAAGUACCGCGCCGGGAAGGAGGGCUUCCAGAUUUUAGAGGGAAGCCAUCUGCCUCAAAGCCCCUACCAGAACAGCCGCGGUCAUCAGAGCGCUUACGACCAGCAACGGAGGCAGCCGCAGCCUCAGCAGGCCUACAGCCAGCAGAGGCUAGAACCCAAUCAAGACUGGACUCAGACGCAAGGACAGGGGGCCGGUGGUCAGCAGACACCCGGCGGCCAAUACUACAUCCAGAGCUGGAAGCCCAAUGGCAAGGAUGACGGACAGUACCAUGACAACGACGUCCUCGAGCAGAACAAGGGGCCACACUCCUUCGGCGAGGGCUACGCGUUCGCGUUCAAGGGC